UGGAGGAAUGACGAUUUUGACAGUUCGCUCGACGUGAAAACUUCACCGAUUUCAACACUCAUCAUACAUUUUUGUCCUAUUUUAGAUAGUUUUACUGAGAGUGAUUCAAUUACUUAUUGUGCACAAUGAGUUGGGAGGAUCGUUUCUCUUCGAUUGUUAGAGAAACAGAGUCAAACUUGGCGAGAGUUCGGCAACGACUGAGUUCAGCUCACAGUUUGUCCCGAAAUAUUGCCAUCCUACAUGCUCCAUCACCACUAGAAACUUCCAACAUUCUGACCAAGUCGUAUCCAAAUGGCCUUAACAAUCAUAAUACUCUCCUGAACGGGAGUACCCCACUGCUGACCUCACCAUAUACCAAGCCAAAUCUAUACAAGGAUGGCUUCAAUCGUGACGUUACUGCUGACACUCUGCAACUGGAGAAUAACCAUCAUGUGCCUGUAGAACAAUCGCCUGCUGUGAUAACCUUGCUAAAUGACAAGGUGGAGGCUCAGAAUAGGGAGCUGGCCUCCCUGAAGAAAACUGUGCGAAAGUUAGAGAAGGAACGUGACCAGUAUCAUAAAGACAUCAUGGAAAUGAAAGGUGACUUGAACAGCGUGCGUGAUCGUCUAGCUGAGAAGGGCGUAGAUCUCCAGACGGAGAGAAAGAUGGAGGAAUGGAAGCGGAAUAUGAUCGGGGAGGUUCAUGACCUGCAGACCGAGUUGCAGCGCUACAAGGGCCGGGAGGAGGACAGACAGUACGGAGAGAGCCAGAUUGGUGCCCUUAGUAGAGAGAUCAAUGAGUUGAGAUUAUUUACAAGAGAUGAGUGCGAGGCAAUCAGACGAGAUAUAGAAACUACAAAAACUAGAAUAGUGAGAUUAGAGCUGGAGUUGGCGUCUGCUGUGACAGACAAUAAGGAGCUGACAAGGAGACAUGAUAGGAUGGACAGGACCUUUAGAGAUGUGUCUGAUACUCAAAUGAACCACUCGAAGGACUUUAAUAAAACGUUAGAGGAUAGAGAUUUUGAGAGACUGCAGCUACAUGAAUUGAGAGAAACUAUGAUAGCACUCAGGGAUAAACUAGAUGGCAUGGAAUCCACCGUCAAUAAUGCCUCAACAGUCAGGUUUGGGGACUCUGUGAAAGCUACAAGCACAGGCAUCCUCAGCAAACCAAAGCAGUCUCCAUUAGACCACUCUCCACCUACCAAACCCAAGAUAGAGUUUGACCUGGAUGACCUGACCCUCAGUGACAGUACAGACCUUGCCGACUAUGACAGCUCAGAUUUCUCAUUUACGCCAAAAGCAAGGCGGAAAGGCUCCGACCUGGUCUUUGAUGAGGAUCUCUACAGUCUCAACCUCUCUGACGAUGAAACGGAAACACUCACCAACUACGACAUCUCGCUAUCAGACCUAAAAAGAUGACGACCUCACAAGACUGCAAUUAACACAUCCACCAAAACUGAGGCCGCGAAAUCGACACGGAGUAGUAAAGUUUGGGGUUGUCCAAAGGAAAGAGUGAAGCGGAAACAUUUACAGAACGGUUUCAGAAUGACAUCGGGGAAAUCUGCAUCUAAUCUCCCAGCAAAACCAAAAAGUGUAUCUUUUCAUUUCGACCCACUUUGCGAUGAUGCAGGUUCCGAUGAUAUGAGUGAGCAUGACUAUAUGGAGAGUAGUCGCAUAGAUGAUCAGAACUUUUGGAGAAAUCCUUUCAUGGACGAUGGGGAAGGAGAUGAAAGUGUUGAAAACCAAAUACACCACUUGUUCCUUGACAUCAAAGAAAAAGAUGCACGAUCCCAGUUUCUUGGUGGAAAAAUGAAACUAGACUAUGCAGACGGUCAAGAAUUUUAUGAUGCAUCAGAGUCUGGUGGAGAAAAAGAUGGUAACUUUAAGAUUUCUGGUGGGUUUGUUUCACGAGAGGAUGGGAUGACUGUUGCCCCUAGUUCACCUGAUGUAAAUUCCUUGGUCUUGAGUUCAAAAGAUUCUCUUCCUGUUGCCUACAAUUUCGAGGUGGCCAACCGUUCACAGGAUGUGAAUUCCCUGGCCAUGAGUUCAAAAGAGGUUGGUUCGAUUGCCUCAAAGUCAACUUGUGUAGGUUUCUCCAUGACGAAUCCAAUUAAAAGUGAUUAUUUUAGAGCAGAGCAUGGCCGAGGCAAAAUGGUGAGAUUUAAUGAAAAUGGCAGCUUGCCAAGGUAUGAACACAUUGAAAAUGUUCCUCUUGCUAAAUCUCUCGAUGGUUUUGGGAGCAGUCAGACAAUGGUACGGCAAAAUCACAUUCCAGGGGCAAAAUAUUUCACAUAUGGUGAUGCAAACAACUGUUUGGAGACGUCUGCUCCCAUUUCUGAGGUCAAGGUCAAUGGUAGCUUGACGUCUGCUUCUGUUCCCAAGGUCAGGGGCAAUGCUGGCUUGAAAGAUUACGAUUACUACAGAGCGUUGAUAUAUUCAUGAGGUUGACCUGUGUGAUUUUUGAUGUAAACUUGUACAUCCUUCUUAGGCAGCAGUUUUGCGUGAGGCAAUAUUCCAGAACUUUAUAAUAACAUGAUAUUAUUUUGCAUAUGUACUCACUAACUUGUAAAUGGUUGAAUAUAAUAGUUUCGAUGAUAUUUUAGAGCAAUACUCGUUUGUAAAAGUUAGUUUCGCUUUCAUUAAUCGAAGAUGUGUUUUAAAGUAUUUUUAGAUGUGUUCAAUACUCCUUCAUUAACCAUUAAUCAAAAUGAUAAUCAAAAUCCUACUUAGUAGACCUGAAGGUAUUCUUAAUCUAGCAUUUCUCUUUAUUUGGGUGGUGGUUAGGCCUACUUUAUUUGUUCAAAAAUUUGAAAAUGAACUCUGGUUAACGUUUCCAUGGUCAGUUCUGUUAUUUUCUAUUAAAUAAAAGAGAGAACUUUGUGUCCUUGUUCAGUGCCUUUACAUAAAAAAUUAUCACUUCAAAGAAGUAACACUGAUAACUUCCAAGAAGGAAUAGAUUUGUGCCUACACUGUACUGUACAGCAGACUUCUGACUGUGUAGACUUGUAUAGAUAUGCAUGAACAUUGAUGAACACAUUAGAAUCCUUGUGCAUUUUGAUCAUCUUUAUAACAGCAAUCCUAGAAUUUUGAAUGAGCUGUGUUACAUGUAUAUUGUUGCAAGUGAUAAUCUGUUAUUUUAACUCAAUCAAAUAAUCUAGUCCCUUCAAGACAGUUUGAGAUAUUAGCGUUUGCAAUAUGAUGAAAAGGUUAGGUUUGUAGGAUUUUUGUCACAGGCAUGCCUUGUUAUGUCAUACUUUCUUGCCUUAUCUUUUGGGUGGGGGGGAAUGGGAAAUGCAAUUUAGUGGAUAGUCAUUGUCAUCUUGUAUUAUUAGUGUGAAAACAGGCCACUUGCAAUAUGAUGAGGAGAGUGGAAGAUUCCUUAACAAGUAUCAAUCUGAAGAGAGAAGUAUGCUGAUAGUAUUUUUUGCUACUUGAUACUCCAUGUACAUGUAAAUGCCUUAUUAAGUUGCCUUGCUUUAAUCAACUGGGUAACGCUAUUGUUGUGUGCUUUUGUAAAUACAUGUAUGCAAUAAUUGGUGUGUGUGAUAUUCAAGAUCUGCUCACUGGACUGUCCAGUUUAUAUGCUUCCUCGCAAGUUAAUUGUUAUCAUCAAAUCCUUUUCAUACUGCAAUACUGGGGACAAAACAAUGUUCUCUAAACAUUUUUGAUAGCAUGCUUUAUCAUCAAUCCUUUUCAUGAACUGGGGACAAAACGAUUUUCUCUAAAUAUUUUUGAUAACAUGCCUUCUUGCAUAGUUCAUGUUUAUCAUCAAUCCUUUUUAUGAACUAGGGACAAAACAAAGUUCUCUAAACAUUUUUGAUAGCAUGCCUUCUUGCAUAGUUCAUGUUUAUCAUCAAUCCUUUUUAUGAACUAGGGACAAAACAAAGUUCUCUAAACAUUUUUGAUAGCAUGCUGCAGCAUAAUAGUUCAGAUGAUACUGUUUGUAAUUAGUUUAGAAAUAGACUGCUUAGAUUUUAGAUUUUGUGAUAACCGCUGAUGUAUACUCAUCCAUAAUUUUGCUGCUGCUAAUGUGAUGUGUAAUCUACAAUGUACCUUUACUUUUCAAUUAGUCAAUGUUAA